AUGAAGUCUUUCGCCCUCUCUGCCGCCAUUCUGGCCUCAACUGCUUUGGCUCUGCCCACCAACAUCAUGUCAGGCACCACCGACUCUUUGCCCUCCGGAGUUCCCUCUUGCCUGCCCUCCGGCGUCAUCCCUUCGGGCAUCCCUCUGCCCGUGGCAUCCAUGAUCCCCACUUGCUCCGGUGUCCCCGCAACUUCCUUGUUCUCCGCCUUGCCCAAUCCCACCGGUGCCGUCUCCGAUAUGACCCAGGGCUCUGAUGCCAUCUCAGACAUGACCAAGGGCUCCAGUCCCGGCCAGGUUCUUUCCAUCCUUAACCAGGCUGGAACCUCAGACUUCAAGAUGAUGGCUGAGUCCGAGCUUCAGGGCCUGAUGAGCAAGCUGCCAGUCAGCACUCUCGAGAAGCCAGUCGGCCAGGUUAUUCAAACCGCCGAGUCCGUUGACCAGCUUGACACCAAGAGCGGCUCCGGCCUCACCAAGAUCACCGCUAUUCUCGAGAAUGGCAACGCCGCCCUCAUCGAGCUGACCCAGGAUGUCGAGGAUCUCCUCUCCAGUCUCGGCCUUGACGUGGUUGGCAACCUUCUCGGCUCCAUUGUUGGCGGCCUUGAGUCCAUCACUGGCAGCAUUAAGCGCGACGACCCUCUCCAAAAUGUUCUGUCUGUCACUGAUAUGAACGGCCUCGCUGGUGGCAAGGACCUCCUCGUCCAGGUUGAGCCUACUCUCCUCGGACUCCUCAGUGGUCUUGACCUCUCCACCAUUAAGGGCCCCAUCGGCAAUGUUGUCGCCAUGGCCCCCUCCCUCUCCGAGCUCAAGUCCAAGGUUCCCAAGAUCCCCGGCGCUGAAUUUAUUGCUGUCGAGGCCGAGGACAAGGCUUCCCUCCUUUUGAUUAAGGUUGAGGGCACUGUCCAGGGUCUCCUUUCCACUCUCGGCCUCGGCAGCCUCGGCACCGCCGUCGGCUCUGUCGUCUCCUCCGCCAAGGGUGCUCUUUCCCAGUAA